ACUGUCGUGAAAGGGGGCGGGGCGCGCCGCGCUGGGGACUGACGUAGGAGGCGCGCGUCGCUUCGGCGGCGGCUGGCGGGGUGCGGGCGCCAUGGAACGGUACUCCGGCGCCUUGGAGGAGGCGGUGGACGGAGCCCGGCAGCAGGAGCGGCACUACCAGUUGCUGUCGGCGCUGCAGGGCCUGGUUAAGGAGCUACCCAGCUCCUUCCAGCAGCGCCUGUCCUACACCACGCUCAGCGACCUGGCUCUGGCGCUCCUCGACGGCACCGUCUUCGAGAUCGUGCAGGGGCUGCUGGACAUCCAGCACCUCACCGAGAAGAGCCUGUACAACCAGCGCCUGCGGCUGCAGAACGAGCACCGAGGUGCGCGGGGGCGACGGGACGGCCCAGCUCCCCGCGCGGGAGCUCGGCCUGCCUGGGCAGUUCCGGUCUCUGCGGGCGGAGGCCUUCCGCGGGUACCGUUCGAAAGAAGCCCUUGAAAUUGACCGGAUCGA